AUGCUAUCCAUGCCAAAGAUAUGCCGUGAUAGAGCUUUUCCGUUGGCAGCCCUCCUUCGCGCGACGUGUGUCGGCAGCAUAAAUCUCAAACGGCAUGGACCUCAUAACCUCGAAGCGACAAAACCAGAGGACAAGAUCUUCGCCUUGCUAGGCCUGGCUGCAGAUAGAGAGGAGUUGAAAAAUUUUGGCGUCGUCCCAAAUUAUGAUGUUCCAUACGAACAAACGUAUACUACUACUAUGGUAGCGUUACUACGGCAGGGCCAUAUAUCCCUUCUCUCGAUGUGUCAAGCGUCCAGGUCACCAAACCUUCCAUCUUGGGUCCCGGAUUGGUCUCGAUCGGUAACUGAUAUGCUUCAAGACGUGCGGAACGACCACAUGACUUUGUACCCAGAGUUCAAUUCCUCAGGUGGUCAUACGAACCAAAACUCGAUCACGAUAGUCAAGGAAGCUGGAAUUGCAAAGCACAUAUCAGUAAAAUCUAUUCUUUUCGAUGAGAUUAUUCAAGUCGGGCGUUUCCCCAACCGGAUUCACAGCAAAGGUAUCCCACUUUCGGAGACGUACACAUGGACUUCGGAGUGGCUGGUCGAGAUUCUGCGCCUCAGCUAUUGUUGCACCAAAAAACGUUACAAGAGAUUUCGCGACCGAUUAUCCGACAGUGCACAAACUGCAACCGGGGACAUUGUAAGGAAUAGUGAAGUGGAACCUACCCGCGCUGGAAAUGCCCACUUUGAUGAUGCUGUCAUCCUUUUGCGAGACGGGCUACAGCUCUUUGGAAAUGGGCGCCUCAAAGUUGAGGCAGAACGCUUCUUAGCUACUCAGACAAUAACCACGAAAUUUACAGAUAGGAUAAAGAGUGAGCUUCGGUUGGCAUUUCAAAUCAUGGGAACGAGCUUGGGACGACUUCCUUUUGUGACGAAAAAGGAACAUCUUGGGUUGAGCUCAGAUGAUGUAAGACAGGGCGAUGUGAUUGCGAUUAUUGAAGGAAGUCAGGUUCCGUUUGUCCUUCGACCGUUGGAUAAGGGGCGGUUUAGCUUGGUCAGCGAAGCUUAUGUGAAUGGCAUUAUGGAUGGUGAGGCUACAGAAACUUCGGAAUUCAGUUACAUCACUUUAGUUUAG